CCAACCGUAAUUAACAAGUAUUAUCAUAAUCAUAUCAUAUGUUAAUAAUAUAACUAAAUUAUGGCUGUUUCUUAUGUGUAAAGCUGGAGAGAAGAUCAUGUGUCAGAAUAAAUAAAUAAAUAAAUAAAUAAAUAAUACUCUGGAAAUUAAAUAGAUGAGAAGUUGAUUAGGUAAUGGCGUUAGUGAUGAACGCACGAAAACGUGUACACUAUAAAGGGCCCAGAAGAGGAGAAGUUUCAAUUCGUCUUCUUGACCGGCUUUCCAAGUAGCCCUCCAAAAACCCCCCCAACGGUCUAAGCAUUCAAUCAGUUUUCAUUUCUCGCCGGAAAUUCAAGAAGAGCAGGCCGGGAAGACGAUGAGUUUCUUGAAAGAGGAGAAGAGGAACAGGGCGUUGAGGUGGAUCAAGACUCUCUUCUUCUUGAUCACCAUGCUAAUCUCUCUCCUGGUCUUCUCCGCGCCGAUUCUCGUCGGAAUCGCCGACGCCGUUCUCCCGUCGGCGCUGCUCUCGGCGUCCUGGUCCCCGGCGGCGUCUCUGUCUUCUAUUCUCACCACCUACGACUUCCGCUACUCCCUCGUCGACAUCCCCCUCGUAUCCAUCGUCCGCUCCGCCAUCAUUCUAUGUGUGUACAGUUCGUGCGACGGCCCAAGUCUAUCGAGGGGGCCGUACCUGGGAAUCGCGACCGUGUGUUCGGUAACGUCGUUAGUUUUCGUGUCGCUGAAGGCGUCGUACGUUUUCGGGAACAGUUCGAGGUCGAGAUACGACGGCGUUAAUGGAGGUCAUCAUGUCCGGGCCGCCGCCGCCGCGGCUGAGAUGGCGAUGUUUGCGUGCUCGGUGGCUAUGGCGAUUGCGCACAUCGUGGUGGCGUAUAGGAUCAGUUGCAGAGAGAGAAGAAAGCUUCUUGUUUACAAGAUCGAUAUCGAAGCUGUAACAGCAUGCAAAAAGGGAUUUUCUAGGUACCCAAAGAAGAUCCAAGAAGAAAGAGUGAAGUAAUUGAAGAACAAUAGUACAUACAUAACAUAUCCAUUUUUUUGUUUGUACUCUUUUCUCUGGCCAGCCAGUUCUCUCACAGCCAGGUUUUAGGUUUAUCCAAAGGAGAACCUCAUCCUGAUUGGUCUGAGAAUUUUUUUUUUUAUAGUAUAUGUGAGAGCAGAAGUAUAGGAGGAUGCAACAAUGAUUCAUAGCCUACCUAACAUGUACAGAUUUUUGUUGUUUUUAUAAUAAAGUAAUAUAUAAUGGGUAUUUAAUUAUGAUUGUGAA